AUACACCUGGUAAACCUUUUUUACUGCCAUUAGCUGACGCUGGAAUGCUGCCCAUAUAGGUACGUAGGUUGUUUGGACUCAGAAAGCCAUUUGACAGGGAAACAUUCUCCUGUUAUCAUGUCCCUGGGACUUGCAGCUACAUUUCUACUGGUCUCCUUUGUCACCCUCCUGCUGUACCUAAUAACAUGGAAAGGAGGGAAAAAGCUGGAAAACCUGCCCCCAGGACCAACGCCUCUGCCCCUGCUGGGGAAUAUUAUGCAGAUUAGCACCAAAGAAUUGCCCCAAUCCCUGGUUAAGCUAAGCAAGGAAUAUGGACCAGUAUACACAGUUUAUUUGGGCAGCCAGCGUGCGGUCAUGCUUAUUGGGUGCGACACGGUGAAAGAAGCUCUGGUGGAUCACAGUGAUGUGUUUAGCGACAGAGGAAACUUACGUCUGAGUGAUUUAUUGUUCAAAGAUUAUGGUAUCCUCCUGAGCAAUGGAGAGAGGUGGAAGACGAUGCGUCGAUUCUCUCUCAUGACAUUGAGAAAUUUUGGAAUGGGGAAGAGAAGUAUUGAGGAAAGAAUCCAAGAGGAAGCUCGCUCUCUCACAGAUGCCUUCAGAAAGCACAAAGACAAUCCAUUUGACCCUAUAGUUCUGCUUGGACAGGCCGUCUCCAAUGUUAUUUGCUCAGUGGUGUUUGGUGAGCGAUUUGACUAUGAAGACAAGAAAUUUGAAAAACUUCUGUUCUACAUUAGGGAAGUCUUGAGACAGUUGAAUUCAUUUUCUGGCCAGCUCCUUCAGUUAUUCCCAGUUGUCUUGAGUGUAAUACCUGGCCCUCACCAGAAAGUCUUCACAAAUCUCUAUACUCUGAGAGCUUUUGUCAAAGACAUGAUGAAAUCUCAUAGAGAAACAUUAGAUAAAAACUGUCCAAGGGACUUAAUAGACUCUUUCCUGAUAAAGAUGAAUGAGGAAAAAAAUAAUCCCAAUACGGAAUUUCAUGAUGAAAAUGUAAUUGGAACAGUUUUAGAUUUGUUUUUUGCCGGGACAGAGACCUCCAGCACAACUUUAAGAUACGGUUUCCUGAUUCUGCUCAAGCACCCAGAGAUACAAGAAAAGGUCCAAGUAGAGAUUGACAGUGUAAUUGGCCAAGAUCGUUCUCCAUCAAUGGAGGACCGGAGUAAGAUGCCGUAUACUGAUGCGGUGAUUCAUGAAAUCCAGAGAUUUGCUGAUAUUAUCCCUGGAGGUCUUGCCCAUGCAGCCAGUAAAGAUACAACCUUCAGAGGAUAUCACAUUCCCAAGGGAACAUUUGUCCUCCCAGUUUUGACUAGUGUCUUGAAGGACCCCAAGUACUUUAAAACCCCCCAUGAGUUUGACCCUCAUCACUUUCUGGAUGAGAACGGAUGUUUUAGAAAGAAUGAAGCCUUCAUGCCAUUCUCUGCAGGUAAACGUAUGUGUAUGGGUGAGGGUUUGGCUCGUAUGGAGAUUUUCCUCUUUCUUGCAACCAUCUUGCAGAAUUUCACCCUGAAACCAACGGUGGAUACGAAAGACAUUGAUAUAAAUCCAGAGCCAAACACCAAUGCUUCAAGACCUUGGAACUACCAGAUGUAUGUGGUCCCUCGAUUCAAAUCUUAAGUGCGGAAGCCAAUCUUCGUAAAACACUCAACAUAUAAAUAGUAUCAAAAUAAGCAGGAACAAAGUUUUUACGUUAAUUUACAUUGCUUUCUACAAACUGAAUAUUAUUUUAUCUUCUCUAGACUGUAAGCUCAUUUGAGCAGAAACCUCAUCAACCUAUUGUUCCUUUAACAUUUUGUAAUUGCCUCAUUUAUUGUUAAAAUAAUAUUGUAAAGCGCUGUGGAAUAAUUAGGUGGCGCUGUAUAAAUGCUAAUAAUAAUUGUAAUAAGUCAGUAAUUUUGCAGAGAUUUCUAAGACAGUAAUACAUGGUAAAAACUGUGUGUUAUAUACACCCACCCCAGUCAAAUCGUGGAGCGCUAUAAAUACUUACCCUUCCAAUGUGGGUUAGGUACAAUGACCUAAAAUAAUAAACACAUAUAUGGUGCAAUAUAGUCAAUAUUGUGCAGUGAAUAUAACUCUAAACAGUACGCUCACAUUUGGCUGAGCCCAAUAGGAGAGGCUCAGAUCACAUGACCGAAUGUGCACUAUGGUGAUACUGCCCCUCCUCCUUUGUGCUUUGAUGUGCCUAUAAUACAUAAAGUUGGAAAAAUACCUAGUGCAAUAUGUCAAUUCAAUAAAGUUCACAGUAUACA